AUGACCAACCCAAGCACAACCCCGAACCCGAACCCGAACCCAAACCCCCCAAUCCUGACAAGAUGGUACAUCGACACCCGCCCACUAACCGCAACGAACACAACCGCCAACCCAACCACCCCCAACCUCCCACUAAUCACCACCCUGCAACCGGAAGACCAAGCCUCCAUCCGCCGCUUCCACCACCUCAAAGACAAGCACAUGUCGCUAGCCUCCAACCUCCUCAAGUAUCUCUUCAUCCACCGCAGCUGCCGCAUCCCCUGGGACCGGAUCACCCUGUCGCGCACGCCGGCCCCGCACCGCCGCCCGUGCUUCAUCCCCAGUGCCGCCCUCCUCACCACCUCCCGCAAAAUCCCGACCAUCGAAUUCAACGUCAGCCACCAGGCCUCCCUCGUCGCGCUGGCGGGGACCAUCUGCCCGGAACCCGCCGAGGGCGAGGGCGAGGGCGAGGGCGAGGUCCCGCAGGUCGGGAUCGACAUCACCUGCACGAACGAGCGGCAGCCGUCCCUUUCCACCGGGAAAAACAAAGACAAUACCAACCCCCGCGACACCUUCAGCAACUACGUCGACAUCUUCACCGAGGUGUUCUCGCCCGAGGAGAUCCGGCUGAUUAAGACGCUCCGCCCUCCGCAGUCAAACGGCACGGCCCACAAUACCAAGGCCGCCCAGGAAUCCGCUGCAGGUGAAGCAGGGCUUGAGUACGGCUACCGCAUCUUCUACGCGUACUGGGCCCUGAAGGAGGCCUACAUCAAGAUGACCGGGGAGGCGCUACUGGCGCCCUGGCUACGGGAGUUGGAGUUCGGGGCCGUCGUCGCGCCGGAGCCGGUACGUCCGGAAACAAAAGUGGGGGUGCCGUAUACCGGGGUGCGGACGACGUUACACAAGAAGCCGGUGGAGGAUGUGCGGGUGGAGAUUGUGGCGUUUGAGAAGGAUUAUUUGAUAGCUACCGCGGCGAGGGGGGCGGGGAUUGGCGCGCGCAGUCACGGUGCGGAAGCUGGGCAGCAAGAUGCCUGGGAGGCGUUGCGGGAGAUUGAUAUCGAACGGGAUGUCAGGCCGUGUGCUGAAGGGAGAUGUCGGUGUCUCUUGGAGUAGUUGCGGAUGUCCACGAUUUUGACCUUAUGGUGGGAGCUGAGUGGAGUGAAGGCUGGCUUCUUUCAACCACCCCAGAGCAAAGCUGAGCGCAAUGGUCACACUACAAUCUACAAACCAGACACCCCGAAUCCCAAGUAGCAAUCGUGAUUGUAUAUACACUCUAGAAAGGAAAUGGUCU